AUUUUGUUUUCAUGAUGUCAAAAUGUGGGGCGCUUUCGAUGCCUGUCUGUAGUAAACUUCAAAAUGGCGACCAGUGACGAUGAGCCGAUGCAUCUUUACGAAGUUUUUCAAAAUUGUUUCAAUAAAAUUGCAAAUAAACAGCCUGGCGCAGAUAAAAAUGGCUACCAAUCACCGUAUGUUGGUUUAGAUAACGGAAUGUACACCGGCGAGGAAUUCCCCCAUGACAGUUCCGGCGGAAGCGCUAGAUAUGCUUCCCCAAAGGCCGGAGGAACGUUAUAUCAACCAGAGCAAUACUUCGAUUCGACUGGUGGAAAUUGGUAUUCAUCGCCAACCGGGUCAUAUCCUCCACAAACAACGUCGUAUAAUAACGCAGGCCAUUCUAAUCACCUAGGAUCCUCUCAUGGUCACGAAUAUACUAUGUCGCCAGGAAUGGUUCAUAUGGAUAAUCACCUAGCACCACAAAAUCAACCACAAACUUUACCGCCAAUGAGUUCAUUCCGUGGAAGUAACGUACAACCCGUCCCAUCUGGUUUGCAAAGUCAAAAUUCUCCUGCACUUUAUAGUUCGACACUUGGCCAUGCAACUCAUUCACAUCCACACACUCAGCAUAGUCCGGCAGUGCAAAAUGAUACAAUGGUUGGAAAAGCAAUGCAAACCAUGUAUACAGCGGCAGAUCAAAGUAUUAGUAGUUUCAGCUCAAAUCCUUCGACCCCUGUCAAUUCCCCACCACCUCUAACAACACAGCCACAGCAGCAAGCAUCGCACGGCUUGCUGCCGAAUACAAACGGAAAUAAUGCAUCAUGGCAACAAUUGACGCCUGUCAUUAAUGGAUCUACAGUAGCUGCUACAAAUAGCUUAACACUACCAAACGGUGGCUAUCCGAAUGACUUGGUGUCUCGAGGACUGCAUAUGGCAAGUCAACCUGAAUUGCAACCAAUUAAUGACGCAAUAGGGUUCUUAACGGGACAUAUAGAUAGUACAACGACAUUUCAAGGUACACGUAUGGAAGAGCGUCUCGACGAUGCAUUAAAUGUAUUAAGGAACCAUUGCGAACCGCAAUUAGGACUACCGUUAGGAAAUAUUGAAGGACCCUCGACAUUUGUACCUACUUCGCCCAUAGGACCCUCAACUCUAGCGCAGGAUACAAUAACAAAUGAUGCAUCGCCAUCUAUUAAAAUGGAAAGAGCACCAGCUUCAGUAACAGCAAUAAAUUCAAAAAAAAGAAAAGAACCACCAGAUGCGGACACAAAACCCAGUAGCUCAGUCGAAACAAAAGGUGCAAAGAGGGCCCGACGGUAUGGUAGUAGUAAUACUACAAAUGAUAGUGGUGAUGACACUAUAGAUCCCUCUAAUAAAGCUAUUAGAGAGAAAGAGCGGCGACAAGCAAAUAAUAUUAGAGAGAGAAUACGAAUCCGAGAUAUUAAUGAGGCAUUAAAAGAACUCGGAAGAAUGUGUAUGGCGCAUCUAAAAUCUGACAAGCCACAAACUAAACUGGGCAUCUUGAAUAUGGCUGUUGAGGUCAUCAUGACAUUAGAGCAACAAGUCAGAGAACGAAACCUCAACCCAAAAUCAGCCUGCCUGAAGAGGCGAGAGGAGGAGAAAGCUGAGGAUGGUCCAAAAAUUCCACAACAUCAUAUGAUGGCACAAGCACCAUAUGCAGCGAUGCCGGGCCCACCUACAAAUUUACCUCACAACUCUGGACAACCACAAUAGCAGUUUAAUAUUUUCCGGAAGGUACCAUAUGUAAAUAACAGUUAAAUUAUAAGAAAGAGAUAUAAGGAUGAAAGUAUAUCGGAACAGAGUAGUAUGUAUUUACACUUAAUAUUAUGAUACAUAAAAAAAAAGUUACAUAGAAAUCGAUGAGACAUUUUUCAAAAGAAAGUAUAAAUUUUGAAAAAUAAAUACUAUAUACAAUCCAAUAAGUGACGGUCGUACAGAUAUUAUGUUCGCACUCUAUAUUCAGUGAAAGUGAAAAAAAACGUAAGAAAAUGUAGUUGCAGAAAAAUCGAGGUUUGUUUAAGCGAUGUUAAUUCGUCCACACUAUAUGUACCGCUUCAGUAUGAAAAUAAGAGGAUUCCUCAUAUCUUAAAAUAGUUUUUUCGAAAUUAUGUUGUUUAUGUCACAAGGAGAAGGAAACAAGUUGUUCCCGAAAUAUCGAUAUAUGUAUGUAUUUGUAUUUCUCCUGUUCGCUUUUUUUUGUGGAGUAUAGGGAAUCCACACAGUCUCAGAUUUCAAUAAGACUGUGCUUCAAUUUCAUUAUCGUCACACUUAAUGCUGUACAAGUGAUAAGCCUACAGCUACUAGCGAAAAAAGGAAAAUCGUCUAAUUAUUUGCAUUCCUAUAAGGACGAUAAUGAUGGAGAGAAUGUGUACCAUACUAAAUCAACCACUUGUCUAUCACACAAUGUCAAAUGAAGCUAAUAUUAUUUGUUAUGCGUACUUCUUUUGAGCUGAUUUGAUAUGAAUUGUUAUUCUCCUGCAAUCACCGAAUAAUAAAGUUACUGUUGGCCUAAUAUCAGCUAAAGCAUUCAAUUAAGAGCACACAAAUUGCAUCAUUAAUGAUUAAUGAUAUAAAACCAUAAUCCGCAAUUUAUGUUGAAUGCUCAUGAUGUCUGACUUGUGGAUUUUUUCACCUUCUAUUUUUUUUUAAUUUGCUGUAAAAAAAAAAUGGAAAAAGUUGGCUGCUCUGAUGCGCGUUCUGCUUAGUAUCCUGAACGUUCACAAAAGUAUUCCGCUAAAUGAUGGCGAUCAUCGUCGGCACUGAUAAUUGUUAUUUGCAACGUCAUUCAUAUUCGUCAUAUUCGUUUGUGGGUCACCGUGAUCGUUGCUAUCAAUGAAUGGUUCUCGCUAUGAAUGAAUAAUAAUGUCGAGUAGAAAUUUAAUGCUAUCCAGUUCUGGGAGAGAGGAAAUGAUAGAAAUAGCUGCAAUUUUAAAGAACCUCAAUUCAAUAUUUCUAGCUGUAAUUGAAUUCGCUAUUUUUAUUAUGCCAUAACGGUUACACGUCCACAAUGGCAUUAAACCCAUUUAACUUGAACUGUCAAUCAAAGCAGAAUUAUUUUUCUUGACGUCACAUGAAUCUAAGUUCUAGUAACUGGUUUUUUAUCUAUGCCUCUCUCUCCCAUAUGUUUGUGGAUACAAAUUGACUGCAACUAUGAAGCUAUUGGUACAAUUUAUGAAUGCAAGUGAACGAAACGACAUCGCAAGACGUCGCUCAUGUCUUCAAUUCACAAUCAAAACAAUUCGACGACGUGGCUUGGCUUUCCUCCUCCUCCUUGCUUUACACAGUUUCUUAAGCAGGCGAUUGUUAAACGUGUCCAACUCCCGUUCCGUCCUCUUUAGAUUGCAUUUACGAUGCGCAUAACGUAAUAUGACAAAGCACAAAGGACAUCGUAGAGUGACGUACACAUUUCGCAUAUGGUAGAUGCGAUGUACAUGAAAUAUCUCAAAUAUAUGCAAGGCGCAAACUUCUAGGCAAUGUGAUGUUACGCUAUGUAGCCAGGUUACGUGACUUUACUAACCAAUUGCAACAAGAUGACAUGCUAUGCAUUGGAAUCCAAAAGUGUCAAAAUGGACCUGUUCCACACCGUAACUUUGCGGGUACUCGUCCCUUUGUAACAACGAUUAUAAAUGAUUUACGCUAACCAGCAAAUUAGGUCGCCUUCUGCUAUGCGCAUCGUAAAUGUUAGUCUGGGAUCGUCUGUUGGACCGCGUAGAAAUAAUUUUGAUAAUGUAGUUAUGAAUUCCUUACACUCUUCCCUUGCAGAGCCUCAAAUUAAAAUGUACUCGAACAGUUAUCAUUGGUAAGCUUCGUUUGGGGUAGCUUCUUAUAGUUAUUGUAAAGCAUCCACCUCCGAAUUAAUCGUCGUUAGGUCUGAGCAAAACGAAAUUGCUUCUCCAUAUCAAUAUCAUUCCAAAUAUAAAUAUCCUGGACGCUCUUCCAUUCUGUUCAGAAAUUCGUAUCAAAUAAUAUGAUAUGGAUAGGACUUCAGAUUCUAAAGUUCUAACAAGUUCAAGUCGAUUUUUUUUGUAAUAAUUUCUCAAGUUAAACGGUAAUGUCACCUAUUAGAAGCAGGGCUACCGAAAAAUAACCAUUAGUGUUGGAUAGUUCACCUGUCUCAGCAACGAAAAUCAAACAUGAACUUAAUGGAAAACUUUUUUCUUACAACAAAUUAGCGCAUGUUCAAGUAUUAAAUUCGUCCCUGGGUUUUCUUCGUCAAAGAUACAGAUUAUAUGUUGUUAAUUUUGAAAAUGUAUGCCCGCUCAUUGAAGUGUUCUGUGGCAUAAAUUUUAGUUUUCAUAUUAGGUUGGGAGAAAGGAAUCCAAUCCAACAACUCACAAGUACAAUUUGUAUCGUAACUAAAAAUCGAAUACCAGCCUACUUAGCUGUGAGUGAGAACCUGAGUAAUAAUCACAGAUGAACACAAUCCUGACCACGUUACGUUUCUCAAUGAAGUGCUUUAACAAGUUUCAAUACCUAGAUCCAAUGGGAUUAUUGCGCCAAUGAUUAUUAUUAUUUCUUCAAUAAGGUUCCACCUAUUCUUUUGACUUGAAUAACUGCCUUUUUCCGACUCUUUGCAACUUAGAGGGCAACUUCUUUAUGUCGCUCUCCCAAAAGCCUUGGUACUGUUGAGAAAAACUUCAGAGCCAGUUUUCUCAACCUUCAGUUAAAAACAGUUUCACACCACAAACAGCAUCUGAAAUGAACAAGAACUUGGCGCCUGAUCCGAACGUUAAAGUGAAGUAAAGUUCAGCCUUAAUUAACUUCAGAAGCGGGGUCUGUUGAACCAUUUUGCUCUGUCAGAAGCCUAAUCUGGAUGAGUUGCAAAUCACCAUCCAGCGUCUCAAGCCGGCGUUCUGAUCUUUUCCCAUUCACUUCCAUGUUCAGACCAUUCUUAGCAGGUGAAUUCUCUCUUAACGCGAAUUCUGUGACCAUUGGAGAUGGCGUCUCUCGCAUUUUUUCGAUGACCGGUGCAACCCCAUAUCGUUCGCGAAUUUCCUCAUUUCGGACGUGAUCAUGGCGUGUUACGCCACUAGUCCAACGUAACACUUUCGUCUCCAUUACCGCGAGACGCCGUUCAUUGUCUUUUAUAGUCGGCCAUCAUCAUUGAUCAGCAACUCAUAAAUAACGCUUUUAAGUCCCACGAAAUAAAGUAAAAUUUUUCUAGCCAACAAUUUUAGUUUAAUCACAGUUUGGUCACUUCGCGGGCCCACCACCACCAUUAUAAGUUCUGGGGCGAUGGUACGAAAGUUCACAUCAUUGCGUGAAUUGAAUCCAUAUUUGUGCGACUGUCACAGUAUUGAUACCUAAACUAUUCACAGGGGCACAAUAGUUCUUCAAGGACGCGGUGCGACUUUCCCUUAACUAUUCACACUUUCAGCCACCUGACUCCCCUUUUCGCCUUUAUGGUAACAAAAUUAAAGAACGUAGUCGGUUUUCUGUUUGUUACUUUCAUCUUCGACACGCGAUAACAUAACUGAAUCCAUCAAUAAAAACAAUAAUAAAAGAAUUACGUUGUUUACGAUUUUCCUUCUCCCACAGUUGAAAAUACAUCCCCCCAACCCGCAGUUGAAAAUACAUCACGCGAUAUAUAUCUCAUGCGCCGUCUAGUGAAAAAAUAAUGGAUUUUUCUCCAAUCUAAUGCAAUAUUCCUUCAUUUCUGGUGUCGUUUGAACCUCUCCUCAUAAGUUUUUCUUUGGACGAAGGAAUGGUAAAUCAUCCUAAUGAUUUGCUUGCUUGUCUCAAACUCCAAUUUUCCUCGGCAUAAAUUCCUGUUUUCUUUGCUGAUAGCAAGUACUUUAGACAAUGAAGAGGGAGCAAACGCACUUGAAAAAAUUUUCGCUUCUGUCAAAUGUCGGUUUUAUUUUUCCAUUCCUACUAGUAUGCAACGGGUAUAAAGGUCUUUGAAUUCGAUAUUCCACAUAAAGCGCUUCUGAGAGACACUUCAUGUCAACACCGCCACCAGACUUCGCUAAUGUAUUUAGUAAAAAACGAGGAAGCAUCAAACAAAUGUAAUUAUUACAAUUAUUAUUGUACCGCUCGGGAUUUAACAGUGGGCAGAGCUACGAGCAGAUGGCAGAAUUUCAACACGUUGUUAUUCUUCCUUUAAAUUUCAACACAAUGUCCAAAUUGGAUCCAACAAUAUUUUUUCAACGAAACCCAAUAGAAUUUGGAUAAUCCAAAUGGUCAAGGAACUGUCGGUUUGGUACGAAUUAUAGGGAUUGCCAAUUAGAAAUAUAAAAAAUAACUUCGGAAAUCGGCAAAUUUGUACGAAGCUAGAAAUGUAAAUAAUCGGCAUACAAAACUUUGAAACUCCACUGUAUUUACACUCUUUCGUUAAUUUGCCUAUAUACGUAUGCUUGUUGCGGAUAUUCUUAUCCUCGCCUAGUAACUUCUUACAGCAUACAGUCGACAGCUUUAUGUUCCCUGAUUCUUCUUUAGUGUAUGUCUCCUAUUCUUUUCUUUGUGGAGUAUAGACCAUCCACACAGUCUAUUUGUUGUCAUUGUUGUUUCUCCCUCAUGUUUAUUGAGUGUAACACUGCGAAUCAGUUUCAUUGUCUUCACACCUAAUGUUGUGCAAGUGAUAAGCUCACAACAGCGAGACAAGAACAUGAAGAACACAAACCGCCAUGACGAUUGCCAUUUGAGCUCAGAACAGAUUGCGAGUUUGGCGCUCUAUCGUGUUGUUCUAUAAGUGUGUUUGUUCCAAACAGAUGAGAUAUCGACACUUUCCUGCACAAGAACACAUGGAAAGUGUUAUUCAAGAGAUUGUAUAUAAAUCAAUGGCACAACGAUACGACUUGCCGUGAAGCGUGUUAGAGCACUUCAUUUCUAGACCGUACUGUUACAGUUUGUAGGCAAUAUAGCUAGCAUUGUGAUCAUACUACCUUAAACUUAUGAUACAAAUCCUUUGUAUAAUAUUCAUGCAAAAUUUAACUAAAUGUACAAAUUGAGAAGAAAAAAAAUCAAAACUGUGGAAUUAUUAUAUUGGUCACUUGUGCAGGAAAGUAUAGAUGUACUCUAAGUUCUAGUGCUCGCUUUUUAUAUGGUCCGCGGUUAAUAUCGGCUUUCUGAAUAAUCGCUUUAUAUCCGACAAAAAGCUAUCUAUCUGUUUAAUGGCCAUCAUCAAUUUUAAUUUGCAAGUUACCAAGCAUCUACCCGAGAGAGUGCUUUUUUCGCUUUAGAACAUCAAUUUAUCAUGUUUCCAUGAGAUAACCUGAUGUUUCCUUUGCUGCUCUUCGAAGAUAAAGCGAUUAUAUAACUGCCUCCAAAGUUCAACUCUUUAACACAGUGACUGCGGGCGGGGAUAAGUGCAACUCCUUUUUGUGGCGGCUUCGUAUUAAACUUAAACUUUAAUACGUUUCAAUGAAAAAAACUUAUAGAUAGUUGCUUUGUAAGUCCUUAUUACGUGAGGGAAAAAAGAAAAAUGCUCAUUGUGUAGGAAUGCGCCGUAGCAUAUAAAACGUGAUAUGUAAUUUUCUCUGCUGUCCCGUAAAAGUUUUCCCACUCCUUCUAACAAUGUACCUUUCGCGACUUAAAUCAUUUAUUGAUUGAUUUGAAUUUAUUUACUACCAAUUCGAACGAAAUAAUUUUUCAGUAGCACUUGUUUCUCAUGGAGGAUCAUGUGGGACCUCGGCGCAAAACCGAGAUGUCUGGAGUUCCUUAUUAAGGCAGGCCUAGACCGGAUACCGGUUGUUGCGCCGUUGAUAAUGAUAAUGACUUGUUUCUGUGUAUCGUAACCUACAAACUUGUGAGUCGACUUGCCUUUCCUUUUUCCUCUUUCCAAAGAUGAUCACAAUCUAUAACCGACACAUAAUUUCGAAAAAGCUAAAUUAUGAAAUCCAAUUAUAUGUUUCGAUUUUAAAUUUUUGUAUGAUUGUAUGGAAUGGUUUAUAGUUGCGAUAACUUUUGCUUUGCAACGCAAUUCCCCCCCAAUUUUAAAAAGCCAAUAUACAAAACCACAUGAAUUACUUCUCAUUUUUUGUGAUAUUUCCGAAGAAAUAUGUAUUUAUUGCUUGAAAGACUACAUUUGACUAUCAGAUAGAAAUGAUCCAGAAAAUGUUAUUGUACGUGUAUACUUAAAAUUUAGUACUUAUUAUGCCAGUGGAUAAUUUUAGAGUCAAUAAUAAUUUUUAUGAUCGGAAAAAAAUCGAUGGAAAGCUUUAAUUAACUGGUAAAGUUUGAUUGAUCGUAAAUUUUGGUAAUAACAUUUUGAUUGGAUUAUAGGAUGUAAAACAUAUCAUGCUCUUUACUAAAAAUAUUAAAAUCAAUUGCAUUUUCACUAGCUCUUGUCAGACCGUAUAUCCGAUUCGUUCAAAUGUUGUUAUAAAAUGACGUAUCACAUCCGUCCCUGACUGUGACUACACAGUCAACAGAUGAGUAAAAAAUCUUCAUAGUAUGAACGAGAUUGUUCUAACAAUUUCCGUUAACCGAUGUUAUGACAACAAUGAACGAACAUUUUCAACAAUUAGCCGCAACAAUGCAGAUCAUGUAGCCUUUCAAGUGAAAAAUAUUAACUUCAAACGACGUACUUCCUUAAUGUUUAUUUUUGAUUAUUUCUAAUGGACGACGUAUUUCGUUGUAAUGUGCUUAAAAUUAUAUUGUUGGAGGAUAAAAAGCUAUAAUUUUUCAAGUGAUAAACAUAAAUUUUGCAAACAAAGUAUAGUGAAAAAUGAAAAAAAUGUAUAAAACAGUAUUUUACACUUUAUUUUGCGUUGACUUAUUAUUAUUUUUUUAAUUUAAACAUAACUUUUAUCUAUCUAUAUUGACUAUUAAAGAAAAAAAAAGAAAAACAUUAAGAACGUCUGUAUACAUUUCUAUUAUGGUUUAUAUAUUUUUAUUUAGUAUUUUUGCUACUUAUCGUGUAAGAAGAAAAAUUCAGAGACAAUGAAUUAGUUAAAACGUAAGAUAUAUAUAAACGCAGAAGAAUAGUGAACAUAUUUACAUAUUUUUAUGGCACAUUUUGUUUGUAAGGGCAAUUUAAUUUUUGUAUUAGUUGUACGUUAGUUUCGUAUAAUGUGUAAAGUAGAAAAGAAGAAAUAAAACAACAACAGCGGAGACAAUACUAAUGGCCAUUAUUAUUAUUAUGAGAAAACUGAAGGAGCGUCAGAAUGUUUCUUUUUUAAAUUUUUAAAUUCCCAAACGCUCGCCAAAAUUGCUUCUUUUUUUAUAAAAAGAAAUCAAACUAAAAAUCAAAAUACCAACCAGUCUCUCAUAUCGGUUAUGAAGAACUAGAUGGAAGUCUUAAAUUAUGGAAAACAUUGAAAUAUCAAACCUUAAAUGAUAUGAAAUGAAUAAAAAGAAUUGCUAACAUUAGAAAUAAAUUCUUUAUUUAAUAGUAUUUACUUAGUUUGAAAAUCCAUAAUUUAAGGAAAUGACAAUUUAUAGAUUUUAGUUUGUAAGCUAAAGCAAAAGGAAUAUUAUAGUUCUAAUUAUAACGGAAGAAAAAAAGUUGCUGAAGACGCAAGAGUUCAUGUAAAAAUGAAAAAGGUAUAUUAAAAAAAAAAUGAAACAGCAUAAAAGGAAAUUGUACUAUACAGAAAAAAUAAAUGUGCCAUUUUUUCAUUAAA